UCUGGUCAUCUCCUGUACUGUGUCCGCAGUCUCUGGUCAUCUCCUGUACUAUGUCUGCAGUCUCUGGUCAUCUCCUGUACUGUGUCCGCAGUCUCUGGUCAUCUCCUGUACUAUGUCUGCAGUCUCUGGUCAUCUCCUGUACUGUGUCCGCAGUCUCUGGUCAUCUCCUGUACUGUGUCCGCAGUCUCUGGUCAUCUCCUGUACUGUGUCCGCAGUCUCUGGUCAUCUCCUGUACUGUGUCCGCAGUCUCUGGUCAUCUCUUGUAUAUGUCCGCAGUCUCUGGUCAUCUCCUGUAGUAUGUCCGCAGUCUCUGGUCAUCUCCUGUACUAUGUCUGCAGUCCAUUGGUUCAGAAUAUUUUUUUUCUUGUUUUUUGCCUCUAA